UUUUUUCUUUUUUGUACUGGCACUAGUAUGCAGUAGCAGGAAUUGUUAUCACCAGCUAAAAAGAGAUCCUCCGUUCGCCAUCUAUCAAGAGAGACCGGAGACAUUAGGCUGGAAGCUCGCCCUCCGAUAUUUGCCUCUUACCACACACGAGCACAUCUGCACAUAUGGCACAAUAUCAUCCAUUGGAACAGAUCGAUCUGAACCAAACCCCCGAGCAUGGGGAAGAUCACAACUCCCAUCGCUGGCGACCCCGCAUUCGAGAUACAAUUGUAUUCCUCCUUGCGCUGUAUGGCUUGUUAAACUUAGCCACUCUCCUAUGGUCCCAUCUUCCGACCCUGAAGCGAGCACAUUUGCCAUGUUCGUGCGGCCAGUCUCCAGAAGAGGCCAUCACCCGCGGGUGUAAAUUUGAUCCCUUCGCGUUGGCCUGGCUUCCGGACAACUGCCGCGAUGAUGAGCUCAUAAGGGAAUUUGAGGAACUGGGAAAAGCACAUAAUCAUUCAUGGGAGUUUUACACUUGGCCAAAUCCAGAAAGGAAGCUCGAUCUGUCGCAAGUUUCGAUGAUGGCGCAAGUGGUGGGUGUGAAGCACAUCAACCGGUCUGCUGUGACAACGACAGUGGAUUGGCAUCAUACCCACUGUCUUUAUCUAUGGAGGAAAUUGUAUAGGUCAAGAUAUACGAAGCUAAGAAUGGAGAGUAGAUAUGAUGCUGAGCACCAUCAGAAGCAUUGCGUGGAAAGUAUCCUCAACUGGAUUCGAUUACAAUCGCCGGCAGAACAGCUGUUGGGAGGGUCUGUCAUUGAUUUGUAUUCGGAAAACGCUCCAAUCAGUACUUGAAUGGUCAUUUUUUAUAUAUAGUAUAAUUCAAACGACUCAGCUCGCAAGAGCUAAACUCGAA